UCCGCCUAAGGCUUCCUAUCCCACUCUCCUCCACACAGACAACUGAGCACCAUGUCUGCCCCGCCGAGAGACGAUGCGCCUGCAUACUCCGAAGCAGAGAAGGGAAUACUGGAGACGGAGAUGCCCCGCCGCCUUGACAUCGCGUACCCCAAGGAUGAGAAGAAGGACGCGUACCCAGACGAGAAGAGGGAGAUGACUCAAGUCUCCACUCUCCCCGUCCUCGAGCUCAAGAAAGACACCCCGGCACCGGCGAACCGCCCCAAGCCCGCGGCUAAGCCAAAGAAGAAGGUCCCCAAGUGGAUCUUGUGGCAGCUUUGGUUUAACACCUACAGGAAGCUGUUCACCAUCACAUUUUCUCUGAACAUGAUCGGACUUGGCCUGGCAGCAUCUGGACACUGGCCGUACGCCAUCAGAUACAACGGUGCCAUGGCCGUCGCAAACUUCAAUUUCGCCAUCUUGAUGAGAAAUGAGAUUUUCGGUCGUCUGUUGUACCUAUUUGUCAACACGCUGUUCGCAAAGUGGACUCCCCUCAAGUUCCGUCUCGGCUGCACGUCAGUUCUCCAACACCUUGGAGGCAUUCAUUCCGGCUGCGCUACUUCGGGUGUUGCGUGGCUCGUCUUGAAGGUCGUCAUGGUGUUCAAGGCGCGCAGCACCGAGCAUAUGUCCGUAGUCGUCCUCGGUCUCAUUACGAACGUUGCGGUCUUCCUCACUGCAUGCGCCGCGAUCCCCUGGGUUCGCAACACUCACCACAACGUCUUCGAGCGCCACCACCGCUUCAUUGGCUGGACGGCGUUGUUCUUGACUUGGGCUUUCACCAUUGCCAAUGAUAUUUGGGACACGACCACGCAGACCUGGAACCUUAACGGCCGCCACCUCGUGAAGCAGCAAGACUUCUGGUAUGUUAUGGGCAUGACCACUUUCAUCACACUCCCAUGGAUCUGCACCCGUGAGGUGCCGGUCGAUAUCGAGCUGCCGUCCCCCAAAGUCGCCAUCGUACGCUUCCGCCGUGGGAUGCAGCAGGGUCUGCUCGGUCGUAUCAGCCGCUCUGCCGUCAAGGAGUACCACGCGUUUGGCAUUAUCUCGGAGGGCACGCACGCCAAGUACCACUACAUGAUCUGCGGUGUCCAGGGCGACUUUACCCGCAGCCUCGUCAACGAUCCUCCGAAGGCCUUGUGGACCCGCGAACUGAAGUUCGCUGGUGUAUCGAACACGUCAACCCUCUACAAGCGCGGCAUACGUAUCUGCACCGGCACAGGUAUUGGAGCGGCCCUGUCGACGUGUAUUCAAUCGCCAUACUGGUAUCUCAUUUGGAUCGGCUCUGACCAAGAGAAGACAUUCGGACCCACGAUCAGUGGACUAAUUCACCGGCAUGUUGAACCGGAGCGUCUGCUGCUCUGGGACAGUAAGCUGCGCGGCGGUCGUCCGGACACGAUGAAGAUUCUCAAAGAGGUCUACCACUCAUGGCAAGCAGAAGUCGUUUUCAUUACUUCCAACUACAUCGGCAACUCCGAGAUGAUGCAGGGCUGCAAGGAGGCUGGAAUCCCCUGUUUCGGCACGCUGUGGGACUUCUAGGCGGAGCGAAAUUAUCCGUCCGUAUUCCUCCCAUGCACAACUCGCCCGGCGCACAUGUACCAUAAUUCCCGCAGCAGCUAAUAGUCAUUUAUCUUCGGGGGUUCUCCUUCGCACACUCUGUAUCCUAUAGAUUAGAUGCCACCAAUGCAUAUUUAUUCUCCACG